CAGUGUUAUUUUUUUCAGAACUACCUCUUGAUAACAUGCAGGGCAGUCUAACGUAGGGUAGAGCUGACUGCAUGGAAGUAUCAAAACACUUCAGAUCAAACUACUAUUUUUUUUUGUUUGUUUUACAACUGCAGCGGUAUUUUAUACUAGAUUUGCGUAGGUGAACUGUGAAAGACGGAGGCUGAGAAGGAUUUAAAAAAAAAACGUGUUUCACAAAGCGGGGCUCAUUUAGUUUUAAAUCUUAAGUAAACAUGAAAUUUGCACGGUAUUUAAUGUGUAAUGCUGCUUUGGCAAACAUACCCAAACAAAUCGAGAGAUUCUCCAAAUAUUCUCCUUCUCCUCUGUCAAUGAAGCAGUUCCUUGAUUUUGGUUCAGCCAAUGCUUGUGAGAAGACUUCUUUUGUGUUUUUAAGGCAAGAACUUCCUGUCAGGUUGGCCAACAUCAUGAAAGAGGUUGAUUUUCUUCCUGACAAGAUGCUGUGCACCCCUUCGCUACAGCUGCUGCAGAGCUGGUAUGCCCAGAGUCUUAUGGAAAUAGUGGAGUUCCAGGAGAAGAAUCCCGAUGAUGGAAAAGUUUUAUCCAAUUUUACAGAGGCUCUGGUGAACAUCAGAAACAGGCACAACAAUGUGAUGCCUACCAUGGCUCAGGGGGUCAUCGAGUAUAAAGAGUCCUUUGGCGUGGACCCAGUCACGAAUCAGAAUGUGCAAUACUUCCUUGAUCGUUUCUACAUGAGCCGAAUUUCUAUCCGCAUGCUCAUUAACCAGCAUAGUAAGUACACUAGGACAUUUUAUAAUGUUCAGACAAUAUUGGCUAAGCACAUAGGAAGCAUUGACCCUAACUGUGAUGUAGUGGAAGUUGUUAAAGAUGCAUGUGAAAGUUCAAAGAUGCUGUGUGAUCAGUAUUACUUGACAUCCCCUGAGGUGAUAAUCAAACAGGUGAAUGCAAAGGCAGUGGGUCAACCUCUCCACAUUGUAUAUGUCCCGUCCCAUCUGUACCAUAUGUUGUUUGAACUCUUCAAGAAUUCAAUGAGAGCCACUGUUGAGACUCAUGAGUGCAGCCCUUCCCUCCCUCCUAUAGAAGUGAUGGUUUCAUUGGGAGAUGAAGACCUGACAAUAAAGAUGUUGGAUAGAGGUGGAGGCGUUCCUUUGAGGAAGAUUGACCGACUUUUCAGUUACAUGUAUUCUACAGCUCCAAAGCCUGUCAUAGACAACUCUCGUAAUGCUCCAUUGGCUGGCUUUGGCUACGGUCUACCCAUCUCUCGUCUUUAUGCCAAAUACUUUCAGGGAGAUUUGCAGUUGUAUUCCAUGGAAGGAUAUGGUACAGCUGCUGUUAUAUAUUUGAAGGCUUUAUCAACAGAAUCAGUGGAAAGACUGCCUGUCUUCAACAAAUCAGCCUGGAGGCAUUACCAGACAAGUAUAGAGGCAGACGACUGGUGCAUUCCCAGCAAGGACCCCAAGAAGCUGGGGAAGUAUGAUGUCAGCGUAUGAGAGAUGUAGCAUUUUGCACAAAGCUGGGUGUGGAUCAAGGAGUUGUUUUGGAGAUUUGCCAAAUUUAAUACUCCUGCCUGGUCACCAAACACAAACCCCAGAGCUCAACUGUGGCUCAACAGAUAAACACAUGGAGAGAAGAACAUUACCGUAGUAUUUUAGAAUGUAACCGUUCAUUCUGCUAAUUGAACAAAGUGAUUAGUCAUCAUUUAGAAGAAAUAUAAAAUAGUUUUCUGUCAGCAGCAUGUUAAUCUCUUUGUGACUAUUACUGCUUAGACUAUAGACACUCUCCUGGGCAUAAGCUAUAAUUAAUUUUGUUGCUUGUUUUCUUUUUCCUUUCCACACAGUGGCAAAUUGACUCUGUGUGUGUGCGCGCUCAUUGAGCUUUAACAACCCCUACUAGGCAGUCACUAAAGAGACUUCCCAGACUAGGCUCUUGCCUCCAGGGUUCUGUUGCUUGUAACAGCUGUAGCUCAGGUUCAGUUGGUGAAUGGCUGUACUCCAGGAAUAAGAAACACCAUUUGUGUUGCAGCAGGUUACAUUUUGGAAUUUGGGUGGAAAGGUUAAACUAAAAAAAAAUAAAUAAAAAGCUGAAAAAAAAUCUGGUGACGUUUUUUAAAUAUGAUCGUCCAGUAUGUAUGCCAUAAAACACUCAUAUUGAAUGUGGUUAACUUUUUUCAUAAUUACCACAAAACUGACAUGAGUAACUUUUAUUUUUAUAACACAAUUUCACUGUUUUUCACUGUCAGACGAUGUAGGUAGUUAGUAUAUAAAACUGUUGGUUUGUUAAUGUUACUGUUCAUAUCACACUCCAAAUCUAAUUUUACUUAUGUAAAUCUGUAGUUCAAGUAUGUGACUGUUAUUUGGUAUGUUACAGCCUCUUCAGACUUUAAGCCCCCCCCCCCCCCCCCCCCC